CUUCAAACCCUAUUUUCUUUUUUGUCUAUGGCUUCAAUGGAUUGUGGCUUUGUUGAUUGCCAUUGCCACAUCACAGCCUGUGAAUUUGCCGAGGUAUGUGUACACAAAUCAGUGGGUAUGUAGCAAAAGGCCUGUGGUAUGUAAGCUAAUAUAACGGAAGCAUUAGGUUAGUAUUAAACUGUUAUGCGAGCGUGGGUGCUUAUGUGUGCUGCCCACCAGAAGGCAGUCUCGCAACUAGGAAGCGUGAAAAAUGGUCACAUACAGUCCACAGCACAGCAAUACUUGCAGACAGCUGACUAUGCAAUGAUUAUUCCAGGGUGAAUGUUCAAAAGUGACAGUACAAAACUGUGUGUCUAUUCUGCAGGAUUUAGAGGAUGUGAUCAAGAGGACCAGAGAGGUUAGUAGUAGCUAUUAUGUAAUAUGUGUAAUAUGUUUAAUAAUAUAAAGUUAAAAUGAAUAAAAUCUUGAUUACUGUAUUUAUUAACAGUUGUAUUGUAGUCUACAUCAGAUGUUGUGCCAUUUCAGGCUGGAGUCAAAACACUUAUUUCUGUCACAGAAGAGGCCAGUGAGUUUGAAAGAGUUAUCCAGCUGUUUAAAGGGUCUGUAUCAUACACAACAUAUGUUAUUUGCAGCACAUAAUAGUCCAUAUUCAGAAAUGUCAUCGUUUUAUAAUAGCAAAUUCUGUGCCUUGUGAUAUCCUGCUCCAAAUGCAUACAUCAUAACACACAAAAUAAUAGUUCAACUCACUAUCAAAAUGUUCCCAUGGCUUCCAGCAGCUUUUGACAGUCUGAGUUUUUUUAUUCUCCAAGAGACAUUUAUCUGUUAUUGUAGUACAUUGAGACACUGUGAAACUGUUUUAUGAAUGUUGUCUUUGAGUUACUCUUACUGUUGUUCUUUCAGCUACCCAGAUCUAGUUGCACCAUGUUUUGGAAUCCACCCAGUCCAAGGCUGUGGGUCCCAGGACCAGCGCAGCGUGAAGAUUCAGGUACAAACAUUCACCCAUAGUUAGCAGUUCAACACACACUCACUGAAUAGACAUCAAACACAUUUCAGACAGUCAGCCUUAUGUUAGAUAUUAUGGUUAUAAACAAAAUGUAAUGGUAUCUCAAGAUGAAAUGAACAGGCAUGCUGACUUUUCCCAAAACAUCUCUUAUUACAGGACUUGGAGCCUGCCUUGCCCUUGUUCCAGAAGUACAGAGAUGACAUUGUUGCAGUUGGAGAGGUAUGUACUGUACUGUAGGCCUACUCAUAGAAUCCCAUGGAAAAACCACUUUUCACAUCUCUAGUACUAUGCAGCAGGUCUGUCUGGCCCUGCAUCAUGCUUAAACUUACACACACGUGUCAUAUCCUGGUGUAAAAACUGUAAGAUUAUAUGACUUCUGUAAAGCAAAAGGAUUAGGCUUAUUAAGCCUGAGCUCCCACUUGCUAAACUGAAAGUGCACUCUGCUACAUUUACAUUUACGUCAUUUAGCAGACGCUCUUAUCCAGAGCGACUUACAAAUUGGCUAGAAUAACUUACAUCACUAACAAUUCACCCUACCGGCUAAUACCCUUAAUGAUCAAUAUCCUUCGCAUGAGUUUUGGAAGGAAUGCAUGUCUGGCAGAAAGCAUUCUUUUACAAAUGUAAUUUGGUGGAGCCAAGAGAGGCAGGUAUUAGGGCAAAGUCAACCAUGUCAAUCAUGUCUCCCUGUCAGUAACAGCACAGAGUAAGCUAGUGGGGACAGGGAGCUCUAGCUGGACAUUUCCAGCAUGUGUUUUUGUUUGGGACUGACUGACUGUUGGCCUGGACUGGGAAAGCUUUGACUAACCGCCCACUGUUCAACUGGUUUCCAUUAAGCUGCCCAGUGCCCAUUUCAGAUUUGUGUUGAGGGGCAAUUCCAUGAUAAUGGAAUUACACUGAGACUCUUAUAUUUUUUUCACCAAACAAAAACCAUUGAUUUCAAAGUUUCACAAACCAUAGAACUCUAUGCACAAUGACUACUUUUAACAAUUUCCACUGAACCUUUUAAUUUAAAAAGUAAGAACUGUGCACAUACAAUGUUUGGUAACAGAAUCAAACUGAGGGAGAUUUUACUGAAAUUCUGUUACCAAACUUUGCAUCUGCACAAUUUUUCCAGUAAUUUAUUUAUUUACUGUCUAAAUUGUUCAAAGUAGUCAUUGUGCAUAGAGUUACAUGGUUUGUUAAAGAUUUAAAUCAAUGGUUUUUGUUUGGCAUACAUUUUAAAUAUCUCAUCUUAAUUCUGUUACUGUGGAAUUGCCUAGAGGUUAUGUUUUGCCAAUAGACUGAAUCAAUGCAAUGAUAAUGUUUUUCUAUUGCCCCUCAUCCUUUAAACUGUCACUUUUUCUUAUUUUGAUAACAGAUUGGUCUUGACUUCACCCCUUGGUAUGCCCCCACUUCACAGGAGAGAGAGGAACAGUUGACUGUUUUCACCAAGCAAUUACAAAUAUCCAAGGAUCUGGAUUUGCCAGUGUAAGUUUAUCGUGGAUAGCCUUGGUCCAUAUUACUGGCUGUGCUAGGAGACACAUUACAUGAAUGUAGUCAGACUGUGAGCAACUGCAACGAGCCAUGUCCUUGGCAGGGACAAGAACAGGCUUUGCAUGGAAUGUCUCACUAGAACUGGAUAUUAGAGAGUAUUAUUAUUUGUCACUACUAUAUUUCUCCUUACAGUUUCUUGUUGUGUGCAUUUCCUCUUUGACGCAGGAACAUCCAUUCCCGAUCAGCUGCAAAGAUCACCAUAGCUACUCUGAAAGAACAGGGUGGGUGUCUUAAAAUCAGGAUUACAUAAGAGGACAGCCUCAUUGCUGAAGUGACUAAUGUUGCAUUUUUAGGAGGCCUUAACAUGUGCUAUUUUGGCUAUCCUAUCAGGUAUCACCUGUGCUUUGCUGCACAACUUUGCAGGGAAACCAUCAGUGGCCAUGGAAGGAGUGCAGGCAGGGUACUUCUUCUCCUUCCCUCCGGCUGUCUGCAGGAAUGAACAGGUGAGCGAUACAGUUGUUCAUUAACCUGGAGUCAUUCAGUAAUCUCUCAGUACAUUUUCUAUAGGUAUUGUGUAGUCACCAACAGUACUGUAUGUCCUCAUUGUUAUAGAAAACCCUUAUCUUUUCUAACACCUUGAUCUUUGAACAAGCUCGUCUCAAGUUAAAGUUUUAAAGAUUGGUUAAAGAUUGGUGUAAGGCUACUUUUACUGGGCCAAAAACACUCACUGUGCAUUUCUGCAAAACAAAACUCUGAACCGGCCAUAUGGCGUGAUAUAAUCUGACAUGAUUUUUGGUGGUUGCUGUUGAGUCCCCUCAUAAUGACUGUGUUAUUACUGUGUUAUAACAGAAAGCCAAGCUGAUCAAACAGAUUCCAUUAGAACACAUCUGUCUGGAGACAGACUCUCCUGCCUUGGGACCAGAAAAAUAUGUGGGUCAUCAUUUGGAAUGCAUCAUUAUGUAAAGCAACAACCUGACAGUUUUGUAUUAUUGUUCUUAUUUAUUCUAUGUCUCCCCUUUGCAGGUAAGGAAUGAACCCAAGAACAUAUCACUGGUCUGUGAGUACAUUGCUCAUGUCAAAGGAAUCACACCUCAAAUGGUAAUUCAUGCCACUACAGAUAAUGCCCUCAGAUUGUUUACAAAAAUUAAGAGACUUGAGUGACAGGUUUUGUAAUUAAAUUCAUCUUGUGUUAACUCAUGCUGUGUCUCUGAAAAUGAAAUGGAAUUGUGAAUCUAACUGUAAGUCACUCUGGAUA